AUGUACGUCGCUUACGGUGCUGCCGUCCAGGGUGAUAUCCUCUCCCGUGACGAGAGUUUGACUGGCAUAGUACUUGUCGAUGCCUGCCCGCUUACGCUCGGUAUUGAGAUCACCAGCGGUGUCAUGACUAAGCUCAUCCUCCGCAACAGGGUUCUCCCAACUCGCAAGAGCCAGAUGUACGUCGCUUACGGUGCUGCAGUCCAAGGUGGUAUCCUCUCCGGUGAAGAGAGUUUGACUGGCAUAGUACUCGUCGAUGCCUGCCCGCUUACACUCGGUAUCGAGACCACCAGCGGUGUCAUGACCAAGCUCAUCCUCCGUAACACGGUUCUCCCAGCUCGCAAGAGCCAGAUGUACGUCGCGUACGGCUCAGCAGUCCAGGGUGGUGCUUCCUCUGGUGACGAGAGCUUGCCUGGCAUAGUACUCGUCGAUGCCUGCCCGCUUACGCUCGGUAUUGAGAUCACCAGCGGUGUCAUGACUAAGCUCAUCCUCCGCAACACGGUUCUCCCAACUCGCAAGAGCCAGAUGUACGUCGCUUACGGUGCUGCCGUCCAGGGUGAUAUCCUCUCCCGUGAAGAGAGUUUGACUGGCAUAGUACUCGUCGAUGCCGGCCCGCUUACACUCGGUAUCGAGACCACCAGCGGUGUCAUGACCAAGCUCAUCCUCCGCAACAGGGUUCUCCUGACGCGCACGUGCCGGGUCUUAGAGUCCGGUAUGCCCCAGUAG